CCUCGUGACCCAACCCCCCCUCUUCCCCCAAUAAUUCAUUCAUUCAUGUUUUGAAUCAAAGAAACCCUAGCCACCUAGCCCUCCAUCGUCGCCGCCUAACCCAGGUCCUCAGCGCCGCCGCCGUCCCAGGUCGUCAGCACCGCCGCUUCUUCCUCCAUCAUCGCCGCCUAACCCAGGUCCUCCAUCGUCACCGCCUAACCCAGUAACUCGGCAGGUCCUCUUCGGCUCUUCAUCUUCGCUGGCUUCUCGGCAUGGACCCAGUCUGCUUCGGUCUUGGUUUUAACUGUUUCAAGUUUGGUUCUGAAGGUCAAGCAGCUUCUGCUCUAAAUUCAGAUUCAAGUCUUCAAGCUAGACUCUUGGAUAAUAGUAGCCCGGAUCAACCUUUAGACUCAUAUACUCACAGCACUGCUCAACAGUUAUCAGGAGGAAGCGUAUUGAUGGCAAUGGCGCACAGUGGUGGUGCAUCGAGCUCAGGGGUGAAGCAGCAGGUGAAAUUGGAGAAAGAAAGCAAUCUCCGGAUUGAGGUUGGAAAUGAUUCUCCUCUUUGCCUUCGUCUUCUCAAUGGAAAUGCCGAGAUUUUCGGCACUGAGCUUGCACCUGAAAUUUGGCUCAACUUCCCUCCCCGACUCAAAUUCGCUGUUUUUACUUGGUAUGGUACUACCAUUGAAAUGGAAGGUACUACUGAAACUGAUUAUACUGCUGAUGAGACACCAAUGGUUAGCUAUGUUAACGUGCAUGCUAUAUUAGAAACCAGAAGAACUCGUGAUAAAGCUUCAUCCUCUGGUGAUUCUGAAUCUUCUCAGGGGCCUAGAAUGAUUGUUGUAGGACCUACUGACUCCGGAAAGAGUACCUUGUUGAGGAUUUUUCUUAGCUGGGCGGCUAAGCAGGGUUCGAAGCCUACCUUCGUUGACUUGGAUAUUAGACAGGGAUCUAUAAUGAUUCCUGGAUGCAAUGCUGCUACUCCAAUUGAAAUGCACAUUGACCCUAUUGAUGGAAUUACUCUUGAGAUGCCUCUUGUUUACUUUUUUGGCCAUACAACUCCAAGUAACAAUGUAGAAUUGUAUAAAGUGUUAGUCAAGGAGCUUAGGGGGAUGCUAGAGAGACAAUUUGCUGGAAAUACCAAAUCUCGUGCUUCGGGCAUCGUGAUGAAUACCAUGGGGUGGAUAGAGGGAGUAGGCUAUGAUUUGCUAUUGCAUGCAACUCGUACACUUAAGGCUAAUGUUGUCUUAGUUUUGGGUCAGGAAAAGCUGUACAGCAUGCUCAUAGAUGUCCUGAAGGGAGAGCCCAAAGUUGAUGUUGUGAAACUUCAAAGAUCUGGUGGAGUUUUAUCCAGGAAUGUGAAGGUCCACCAGAAGGCCAGAACUUUUAGGAUAAGAGAGUACUUCUAUGGCCUUCUUAAUGAUCUCUCUCCACAUUCUAAUAUUGCUAAUUUUAGUGACUUGUGCGUCUAUCGUAUUGGUGGUGAGCCACAGGCUCCUCGCUCAGCCUUGCCAAUCGGAGCAGAACCUGUUGCUAACCCAACAAGAGUUGUUCCUGUGAGUAUAAACCGUGAUUUGCUCCACAUGGUCCUUGCAGUCUCAUUUGCCAAGGAACCCGAAGAGAUCAUUUCAAGCAACGUUGCUGGCUUUAUCUACGUAACAUAUAUUGAAGAAUAUCUGCAUUUCUAA